UGGUGAACUACCUCUAUUUGGUGAAGGACUCUAUGUUGUGAAAAUCUUUCAAAGUGUUAUUUUUCCGGUGUUUCCGGGACUCUUCUGGAGGUCUUGGUUUUUUGGGGGGGGGCCGUGGGACCGGGUCUCCCUGAGGACUUGUCCCUGCAGCUGCUUCGAAGGGUUUCUGAUCUUUUAAUGUUUUCCAUUGCAAAAACCCAAGUUAGCUCCACAGCUAAAUCCUAAAAGUCACGUCAGCUGCGCGGACUCGAAUAAAAAAAAAAAAGUUCCCCGCUGCGGCCGCGGACCGACGGGCGCGUUUCAACCGGACGCCAUUAAUAUAAAAAAGUGUGUUUUUGUGGCGCUGGGGUCGUCUCUUAGGCUCACUUUCGCGGCCGCUGGCUGCCGCUCGCGAGGCCUGCGGGGUCGGGCUUCCACCGGGCUCGAGUUAGAGCCCGACGCCGCCGUCGGUGGGUCGGAGGCCGGCCGCUUCGGCGCUGCCACCGCCGGGCCUGCGGAGCGAGAGGUAUGGAGCGGAUGGAGGUGGACCAGUGCGCAGCCGCAGCGGGCGGGGGCGGGGCGCUGCGCAGGUCGAACAGCGCCCCCAUGAUCACCAGCGUCAGUGACGGGAUGACGGUCUUCAGUCCGGUGUCCUCGGCUCGAUACAGACGCAGCAGUGUGUCCAUCAACCCCAGCUGCCCCUCACAGCUCGUCCCCGUCUCUCCUUUCUCUCUGACCGGAGACAGAGCCGACCACAAGAAGCAGGAGGAGAACAUGGAGAUGAUGCUCAGAGGAGGUCUGCAGAGACGAAGUGCUUCCAGUCUGGUCCCAGUCCCCCCAGUCAGUCAGUGGCACAACCACACGUCAGUGUGGUUCCAGUCUCAGGACAGCGGCAUGACCCCCAACUCCUCCCCGAGUCCCACCAGGAGGUUCAGACCAGCAGUCAGUGCCACCCUGAGAUGGCCGGCAUUAACUCCACUCAAGAGGAAAGGAGGGGUGGAGUCUGACGGACCCCCGAAGAAGCUUUUUGUGGCCGGAGUAACAGAUCCCGCCCACCGUAGCAGCUACACUGUCAGUGUCUCACAGUCGGCGGCGGACUCUCCUCCUGCAGGAGGCGUCAGCCCUCAGUCCAGCCCUCUGUCUCUCUCCCCUCCCCCGUCCUUCACCCCAUUCACCUCCCACCAGCACCCUGGACACUAGAACCCGCCUCCCCACCCAGAGUCCCGA